GGUAGUGCUUUGGAAGCAUGGCCGAAGCAGACCUCCCAGUCUUGACGUGGAACGCAGCUUAUAAUGUGGGAUGCUUGUCUCUGCUUCCGUGUUGGAUUUUAACUGUGGGAGUUUGAUACAUCUCAGCAACUGCUGUCUUUCCUCAGCUUUUGAGCUAGAAACCAAGUAAAGCAAUGAGGAGAUUUGUUUACUGCAAGGUGGUUCUAGCCACUUCUCUCAUGUGGGUGCUUGUGGACGUCUUUUUACUUCUAUACUUUAGUGAAUGUAAUAAAUGUGAUGACAAGAAAGAGAGGUCUCUGCUGCCUGCUCUGAGGGCUGUUAUUUCUCGAAACCAAGAAGGACCCGGAGAGAUGGGAAAGGCUGUGCUCAUUCCGAAGGAUGACCAGGAGAAGAUGAAAGAGCUGUUCAAAAUCAACCAGUUCAACCUUAUGGCCAGUGACUUGAUUGCCCUGAACCGAAGUUUGCCCGAUGUGAGAUUAGACGGGUGCAAGACAAAAGUCUACCCCGACGAACUCCCCAACACAAGCGUAGUUAUUGUGUUCCACAACGAAGCCUGGAGCACUCUGCUUCGGACCGUGUACAGCGUUAUAAAUCGCUCGCCGCACCGCCUGCUUUCUGAAAUCAUCCUGGUGGACGAUGCCAGCGAGAGAGAGUUUUUGAAAGCCUCAUUAGAGAAUUACGUGAAAAAUCUGGAAGUCUCAAUAAAAAUCAUUCGGAUGGAGCAGAGGUCAGGACUGAUCCGCGCGCGGCUCCGAGGGGCAGCAGCCUCUACAGGGCAGGUGAUAACGUUCCUGGACGCGCACUGCGAGUGCACCCUGGGCUGGCUCGAGCCGCUGCUGGCCAGGAUAAAGGAGGACAGGAAGACUGUUGUCUGCCCAAUCAUUGAUGUGAUCAGCGACGACACAUUUGAAUACAUGGCUGGAUCAGACAUGACUUACGGAGGGUUUAACUGGAAACUAAACUUCCGCUGGUAUCCGGUUCCCCAGCGAGAGAUGGACAGGAGGAAAGGAGACAGGACCUUGCCUGUGAGGACCCCUACUAUGGCUGGUGGCCUAUUUUCUAUUGACAGAAACUACUUUGAAGAGAUAGGAACUUACGAUGCAGGAAUGGAUAUCUGGGGUGGCGAGAAUCUUGAAAUGUCUUUUAGGAUUUGGCAGUGCGGCGGCUCCCUUGAGAUUGUCACCUGCUCGCAUGUUAGCCAUGUUUUCCGAAAGGCAACACCUUACACCUUCCCUGGUGGCACGGGACACGUCAUCAACAAGAACAACAGGAGACUGGCAGAGGUCUGGAUGGAUGAGUUUAAGGACUUCUUCUAUAUCAUAUCCCCGGGUGUUGUUAAGGUGGAUUAUGGGGAUGUGUCCGUCAGGAAAGCACUAAGAGAAAAUCUGAAGUGUAAACCCUUCUCGUGGUACUUGGAAAACAUCUAUCCCGACUCCCAGAUUCCACGGCGCUAUUACUCGCUUGGUGAGAUCAGGAACGUUGAAACCAACCAGUGUUUAGACAACAUGGGCCGCAAGGAAAAUGAAAAAGUGGGCAUUUUCAACUGCCACGGCAUGGGAGGAAAUCAGGUAUUUUCUUACACUGCUGACAAAGAGAUCCGCACGGACGACUUGUGCCUGGACGUCUCAAGGCUGAACGGCCCCAUCAUCAUGCUGAAGUGCCACCACAUGAGGGGGAACCAGCUCUGGGAGUACGAUGCCGAGACCCAUACAUUUCUUCAUAUAAUCACCCAGUCGUGUCUGACACUAAGCAGGAUAGAGGAUGGCACCCAUGGUCCCACUGUGGAGGCUUGCAGCGGCAGCCCCUUGCAAACGUGGAUGCUAAGAAACUACACAAGGCUGGAAGUCUUUAGAAACAUUUUUUACAGCCCCACUGACUAUUUCCUUUAA